UCCACAUAAGAAGAUUACGGUACCUGAAGACGCAUUGCCAAAUACAGAGAAGUACUUGGAAAGUAUUAAGAUCUUCUUUGAUAGUUGGAGCUUCUUUCUAUUCACACCUAAACUUUUGAGAUACCUUCCUCGAAUGAGGACGAUCAGUCAAAAAUUAUUGGAUGAGAAGGCUUGGUAUUACACAAAUUUGUUGGAGAUCAUUAAGACGCGGCGUACGCAGAUCGAACAGAGCGAAGAUCAUUUUUUAUCGCCAGAUAUUUUAACUCGGUUCUUGACUAUCAAUACUGAAAAGGACGAUACAAGUGGGAUUUCUGAUGUGCAUCAUAGGGAACCAAUGUCCGAUGAAGCUAUUUGUGGAAAUAUAGCAGAAAUAUUGGGUGGCGGCACUGUCACG